UUCGCGCUGCUCAAACUUGGAAGCAAACGCCAAACACUGAUACAUGUCAACGAAGCUAGCUAUUUGCAUAUAUUUUACAUUCGACAUGGCAUCUUGCUUAGUGCCUGACUUUCCAGCUGUUCUGGUUGCUUUGGAGCAUUUGGGCGAAUUAGACAAGCAGCUGAGGGAUGAGGGAGUUCCAUUCAGUCCUGAGGCCAGUCAUCACCUGAAAGAAAUAGCUGCUGCCAUCACUGAACUGGAGACUUCCAGAAGAGUAGUCCAUGAACAACUGGAGGUAGAAACUAUUGAAACAAGCAAACUCCGACAUCAAUGCCAGAAUAUCCAUGAUGAUGUUCAGAAUGAGAUAUCAGCUGGUGUUGCGGCUGCAAGAAAUAUAAAUGCGGGUCAAAUUACUCAACUCCAAGAUGAACUGAACAGUAUAGUGCAAGAAAUAGAAUUAAUGGAGAAAAAACAGGAAGUCCUUGAAAAGCAAAAUGCUAUUCUUUAUCCUGAGAGAGAGUUGGUAAAAGGUGACCAUGAAAAUGUCAUCAACCAAUUAAACUACCAGCUGUCAGAGAAGGCCAAUAAACAGAUUCUGCUCAAUGAAACAAUGAACGAGAUCAAAGAAGGGAAAGCCAAGAUCACAGAUGUGGAGAACACUAAAGUGGAGCUAGAGGAAGACAUGAUUCAAGAGAGGAAGAUGUUUGUUGAAACAAAUGAGAAUCUUCAGAGAGAGUGUGAGGAAGUCAUCAAUAACAUACAGGACCAGAAGAAGAACAAUGAGAAGAAACGCAGGGAGCUGGACAUUUUUUUAGCAGAACUGUUGGAUAAGGAGGACAAAGUCACAGAGCAAAAAAAAGCAAGUGAACUGAAUUAUUUCAGUGAAGUAGUAAAUUAAUUACAUUUUCCACUAAUGCUCUUCACUUGCUAUAACUGCCUUUUUUAUUAAUUUAUAGUAUGAUAUAGACAGUGGUGUAAAGUAACUAAGUAAAAAUUGUACUACUUAAGUAGUUUUUGGUGAAUCUGUACUUUACUUAACAAUAUAUAUUUUUGACUACUUUUACUCCACUACAUAACUAAAGAAAAUAUGUACUUUUCACUCCCAUAAAUUUUCCCUGGCACCCAAAAGUACUUGUGACAUUUUGACUGCUUGGCAGGACAGG